GCAUUCAAACAGGCUCUAACUCUGAUCUGGGAAAUGUCGAACGUUGUGGUUUUGGACAACGGCGGCGGGCUAGUGAAGGCUGGUAUCGGGGGAGAAAGAGACCCAACAGCUAUUGUCCCAAACAGUAUGGGUCGUCCUCUUUCUUCCAAGAAAUGGCUUAUGGCUGACCAACUUCUUUCCCCUGACAUCGACCUCACUUCCGCCACUGCCCGCCGCCCUUUCGACCGUGAUUACCUUAUCAACCCUGAUCUGCAAUCUUCCCUUUGGUCUCACAUCUUUUCUAACCUUCUCAAAAUCACUCCACAACAAUCCUCUCUCCUUCUUACUGAACCCCUUUUCAAUCUCCCUUCUAUACAGCGCUCUCUCGAUGAGAUUGUCUUUGAAGAUUUCAAUUUCAAGGCCCUUUAUGUGUCGGAUUGCCCCUCCCUGGUCCAUCUUUAUGAAGCCUCUCGUCGGCCUUAUGGGCUUCUAUCAAAAGCCCAGUGUAGCUUAGUUGUCGACUGUGGAUUUUCUUUUACUCAUGCUUCCCCUGUGUUUCAGAAUUUUACAUUGAAUUAUGCUGUGAAAAGGCUUGACCUUGGUGGCAAAGCUUUGACUAAUUACUUGAAGGAGUUGGUCAGUUAUAGGAGUGUUAAUUUGAUGGAUGAAACUUUCCUUAUGGAUGAUGUUAAGGAGAAACUUUGCUUUGUCUCUUUGGAUGUUCCCAGGGACUUGCACAUUGCUAGGAAACCGGGAAAGGACAAUUUGUUUAGGUGCACAUAUGUGCUUCCUGACGGUAUUACACAUACUAAGGGUUUUCUAAAAGAUCCUGAAGAACCAAAGAGAUAUCUAUCUUUGUAUGAUAAAGCUCCGCAGCAAGUAGCAGGAGAACAAAAUAAUAUGGAUCAGCUCGAGGACAGGAAAAGAAGCAACGGAUCAAAAAUUGAUUUGGCAAAAAAUGAAUUUGGCUUGACAAAUGAGCGGUUCCUCGUCCCAGAGAUGAUGUUUCGUCCAGCUGACUUGGGACUGAAUCAGGCUGGAAUUGCAGAGUGCAUUCUUCAAGCUAUAAAUUCCUGCCAUCCUCAUCUUCACCCUGUCCUCUAUGAGAGCAUCAUUCUGACGGGAGGCACUACUUUAUUUCCUCAUUUUGCCAAAAGACUGGAGAUGGAACUUCGGCCUCUUGUCCCAGAGAAAUAUCGUUUAAAGAUUACGACUCAAGAAGAUCCUAUUCUAGGUGUUUGGCGUGGAGGCUCACUCUUGGCAUCAAGUCCUGACUUUGAUGCAAUGUGUGUCACAAAAGCUGAAUAUGAGGAGCUGGGAUCAGCAAGAUGUCGAAAGAGAUUCUUCCACUAACUUUUUGUGUAUUCUGACAAUACUAUUGAAGUUUGCAAUUCUACUCCUGUUCAUCGUUGGUGUUAUGGAGGGGAGAUUUUAGGAUGAUCCCCUGCCUCUGCAGUUGCUAAUGAACGAAAUAUGGGUGUGCUAAAUAUGUAUUUGUUCUGAAAUAAUUCUUUUUCUAGUCAGUUUCUUGCCAAAUUGGUUGAAGUCUAGCUUAUGGCAUCUUCAAUACCAAUCCUCUUUCUCUUUUCUCAUGUCUUUAUCCUUGAAUGUAAAAUGUGUGUUAUGUAGUAACAUGUUAAGGACAGCAUGAAAUUUCGCACAUGAAUGGCAGUGCGACGAACGGAUCAAGACCGGUGGAACUGCUUUGGUGACUAUUUGUUUGAUCUCGUUGGACAAUGAUGAUAUGAUCAAAUGGACAAGAACAGAGUUUCUGAAUCAGUCAAACAGAUGCGGGGGAAACUAAAAACAAAAUGAAACUGCUUCUGGUGGUUGCUUAACAUGGCCAAAUCUCUCUUCCAGUCUUCAGAGCUGGAGCUAUUGUCAUGAGCCCUUGUUUUGAGUAAAUACCAACUUGUACAUAGCGAACUUUUAAUUUUGAAAAAGGUGUGGGUGGAUUAACAGAGCCUUGAUACAUUAAUGAAAUACAAAGUAAUUUUUACUCC